AUGGGGUCAGGUCCCAUCAUGGCGGCUGAGGAGGCGGAUGUGGAUAUCGAAGGGGACGUGGUGGCAGCGGCGGCACAGCCAGGAAGUGAUGAAAAUACAGCAUCUGUUUUACAAGAUCACUAUCUUGAUUCAUCAUGGAGAACUGAGAAUGGUCUUAUUCCUUGGACUCUGGAUAGCACCAUCAGUGAAGAGAACAGAGCUGCCAUUGAGAAAAUGUUGUUGGAAGAAGAGUAUUAUUUAUCUAAAAAGUCACUUCCAGAAAAAUUCUGGCUUGAUCAAAAGGAAGAUGAUAAAAAAUACAUGAAGAGUCAGCAGAAAACAGCAAAAAUCAUGGUACAAUCUCCUACAAAACCAGCCAGUCUCUCAGUAAAGUGGACGAUAGAAGAAAAAGAGCUGUUUGAACAAGGGCUGGCUAAAUUUGGCCGAAGGUGGACAAAAAUUGCAAAGCUAAUUGGAAGUCGCACUAUUUUACAAGUGAAGAGCUAUGCCAGACAGUACUUUAAAAAUAAGGUAAAAGUAGAUGGUCCAGAGAAGGAAACACCAAAUCAGAAGAACAGCAAUGAUCUUCAGAUUAAAAGUGAAGAUGAAAGCACAAAGGCAUGGGCACCAUCAAGUUUAAGGGGACGUGCUGAUCCCAACUUGAAUGCUGUAAAAAUUGAAAAGUUAUCUGAUGAUGAAGAAGUAGACAUCACAGAUGAGGCAGAUGAGUUGACUUCUCAAGCACCCCAGGAGAAUCCUAACAGUGAUCUCUUAUUAGACAUUCCUAAUAGUAAAAGUCAUGAAAUCUACCAAGGAGAAUUAAUUACCUCUGAGAGCCAGGAAGAUCUCAUUUCUAAGUCUUCCAAGGAAUAUCUUCAGAAUUUAAAGCAAGGUGAGAUGGAAACACUUUCAAGCUCAAGAAUUACAUUUUGGACUGAAAAAGAGAGCACCAGUGACAAAAAACCAGUUGAGUUAAAUGAUCUGAAAUGUAAUAAACUGAUGAAAAACCAUGAUAAGCAUGAUGGAAAUGGAAUAGUAGAUGAUACUAGCUUGUUGCCGUCUCCGGAGCCUUGUGAAGUUCAGAAAGAUUUGAGUGAUAAUGAAAUGCUUUUUAAUUCUUCCUGCCAAAUGGAGGAGGAGCACCAUGAGGAAGAAGAGCUUAAGCCACCAGAGCAAGAAGUAGAAAUAGAUAGAAAUACUAUUCAAGAAGAAGAAAAACAAGCAAUUCCUGAGUUUUUUGAGGGGCGCCAAGCUAAAACACCAGAACGCUAUUUGAAAAUUAGGAAUUACAUUUUGGAUCAGUGGGAAAUAUGCAAACCGAAAUACUUAAAUAAGACCUCAGUACGUCCUGGCCUGAAGAACUGUGGGGAUGUUAAUUGUAUUGGACGGAUUCAUACAUACCUCGAAUUGAUAGGAGCAAUCAAUUUUGGAUGUGAACAGGCUGUAUAUAAUAGGCCACAACCAGUUGAUAAAGUACGGAUCAGAGACCGAAAAGAUGCAGUGGAAGCAUACCAACUUGCCCAGCGUCUGCAGUCUAUGCGCACAAGGAGACGUAGGGUCCGAGACCCAUGGGGAAAUUGGUGUGAUGCAAAAGACUUAGAAGGACAAACGUUUGAGCAUCUCUCUGCUGAGGAGUUGGCAAGAAGAAGAGAAGAGGAAAAAUGCAAACCUAUUAAAUCUUCAAAAGUGCAAAGACCGACAAAAAGCUCAUUUGAUCCCUUCCAACUGAUACCUUGUAAUUUUUUCAGUGAAGGAAAGCAGGAGCCAUUUCAGGUGAAAGUGGCUUCAGAAGCACUUUUAAUAAUGGAUUUGCAUGCUCAUGUGUCUAUGGCAGAAGUGAUCGGUCUGUUAGGAGGAAGAUACUCAGAAGUUGAUAAGAUAGUUGAAGUCUGUGCAGCAGAACCAUGUAACAGUCUGAGUACAGGACUGCAAUGUGAGAUGGACCCUGUCUCACAAACACAGGCCUCAGAAGCCUUGGCUGUAAGAGGCUACAGUGUUAUUGGAUGGUACCAUUCUCAUCCUGCCUUUGAUCCUAAUCCUUCCCUACGAGAUAUUGAUACUCAGGCCAAAUACCAGAGUUACUUCUCCAGAGGUGGUGCAAAGUUCAUUGGAAUGAUUGUUAGUCCCUAUAAUCGAAACAACCCUUUACCAUAUUCUCAGAUUACCUGCCUGGUUAUAAGUGAUGAAAUUAGCCCAGAUGGCUCUUAUCGUUUACCUUAUAAAUUUGAAGUACAACAGAUGUUAGAAGAACCUCAGUGGGGAUUAGUGUUUGAAAAGACAAGAUGGAUAAUAGAAAAAUACAGGCUCUCCCAUAGCAGUGUCCCUAUGGAUAAAAUCUUUCGCCGGAAUUCUGACCUGACUUGUUUGCAGAAACUUUUGGAGUGUCUGAGGAAAACCCUGAGCAAAGUGACAAAUCGCUUCAUUGCUGAAGAAUUCUUGACUCAGAUAGAAAAUUUAUUCCUUUCCAAUUAUAAAAGCAAGCAGGGGAAUGGAGUAGCUGAAGAGAAUUAUACUGUGGAUCCAAAGGAACUGUUAAUGUAAUGAUUUUAAAAUAAGACAUUUUAACUUUGACACAGUAGAUCCUACUAUCCUUUAUAACCUUGAAAUUAUUGUAAUUAACAGUGGCACAGCUUUGAUAUUUUUUUCUCUAGUAAAAUCUGAACUUUGCCAUAUAAAUCAUGUGACAAAAAGAGAUGGGGACUUGUUUUCAUAUAGUGAGUAUCAGAGUGUGUGUGAACUGGGGUCUGCCACAGUGCUCGAGUGGAGGCCGCAAGCAGAGCAGCAGGCUGAAGGGCGGGCCGCUGUACUGUUGUAUUCAGGUCGAUAAACGGAUGUCUCUAGUUUUUAUUUCUCCCUGUACUAGUCAUUCCAUUUUUGGUAUCUCAUGUCUCAUGUCUCAUUAGGAGCAUUUUCAUCCUUACUGUGUGUUUUGGUGAUAUUUUUUAUGUUGCAAAUGAGAUAUGGAUGGGUAGUCACAUGGGUAAUUAACAUGGUUGAAAACUACUGAUUUAAUAAAUCCAACAACAUGCUAUGUAAGGCCAAGGGGAGGCAUAAGGGGAAAAUCUUAAAAAUAGAGAAGAGCUCCAAAGGAAAGAAUCAAAUUACCAGUUUUUAAAUUAUAGAUAUUUGCUUCCAUUUUAUAACAAUACUACAGGAUAUUUCAUUUUCUUGGCUAUCUGAAACAUUUUGUGUGGAUUUCAGAUAUAUAAAAUGGAUAGCUUCAACUAUAUGUCUACUUAAAUUAGUGUGCAGGUGAUAAAAUCUCACUGAACUGCAACACAUCAUCAGACCCCUCAAACUAGGGGUUUUUUUUCCUACUGCCUGCUAUCAAUAGAAAGAGGCAAAUUACAAUAAAGCUUAAAUAAAUUAAAUUUAAUUUUAUAAACAAAAAAGUCUUCCAGGACAUAUUACACAUGCAGCCCAGUUUCAUAUACUUUUUAAAUCUAGAACAUAAGUCAGCAAACUUUUUAUGUAAAGUGGCAGUUAGUCAAUAACUUAGGCUUUGCAGGACACAUACUGUCUCUGUCAGGUAGUCUUUAUCAUUUUUACAACCUUUAAAAAUGUAAAACCAUUCUUAGCUCAUAAGUCUCACAAAACACAUUGCUGGCCAUUAUCUUCCAACCUCUGCUCUAGAGAAUUACAAAUAAUUAGAAUUUCUUUUCAGAUGCAUGAGCCCAAGCCACUAACAGAUCUUGCAGCAUUUUCAAACAACAAAACUCAAAAUUGUGAUUUACAUUUAAGUACGCUUUCAGAUAAAACGUAGUAGUCAUGCUGCCUGAAUUAUCCUAAUAGAUUGUAGUUUAUUUCUAUUAACCAUCAAAUUAACUUACACCCAUUCUCCAAGCAUUCUUAUUAAUAACAGGUUUGUUAUAUCUAAUCUGGGGACAAUCCGUAAAUUUACCUUUUUUUGAUUAUUAUUAAUAGCCAAGGAAGAAUAAGACCGUAUUGGAAGGAGCAGUGAGCCAGUUUUAGAUGAAGUAGGUCUGACUCAACCUUGUAGUUUUGGGGGAUAAGCUGACUUUUGGGCAUAGAUUCUUGUGUAUCUGAGGUAUAAGUUACCUUCCGAGCAUCCUUCCAGGUUUGAAAUCUUACGCUUCAUUCUAAUUAUUGGACUACUUAUCUGGAACUUUAUAUUUUGAGAUGAUACAGUUCCCAAAUUAGCAAAUGUUUUUAAAGAAAAUUGGUGUUCUCUCUAUGUGUUUAGGAUAAACAGUGAAACAUAACUUAUAAAGCGUUUACCUUGGGGACCAGGGGUAUAAGAGCUCUAGACCAAAAAUCAGGAAACCUGAGAGUUCUUACCCUAAAUCUGUUACCAACUUUGCUGUGUGACAGUGAUAAACUCACAUAAGCCUGUCCGGACCUCAGGCUCUUCACCUGGAAUUCAGGGGUCUCGGUUUUAUGACUGAAUAUUUCUUUCCCAGAAAGAUUUGAGAUUCUGUAUAAGGUUGUAAUUCAUUUCUUUGUACUCUUCCUUUUGACAUUUUCCUCAUUGUACAUUGGGAACAGGUCCUAGAAAAUGGUAUUAAUUACCUUUUGUUGAUUGACAUUUCUCUACAAUAUCGAUAAAUUUGGUGAUGGAAAAUGGUGGAGAUGGUUAAAAGUUCUGUUCUCCAGUCUGGGUCCUCUGCAUGCCAGUGGUUAGCUGUCUUUACUAAGCCAUACUGUGAGGGCCUCAAAGAUAGAUGGUAGUUCUCAGCUUUAGAGCUUUGAGAGCACAAUUUUUUUUUUUAAAUAAAAUAUAUAUUUUUAAACAUGAAAAAAACUUUAAUUCUACUGUCAUAAUCAUGGUUAACAUUUUAGUUUAACCCUUCCCCCCUUUUUUUGGUUAAUGUAAUUUUAGAACAUUAAAAGCUGUGAUAUUUCUUCCCUUCCUCCCUGACUCAUUCUCCCUGCUUCCUUUUCCCCCUUAGCAUGUUCUUAAAACAUCUGUGCAGCUGCAGAGGCGCGUUCCUGUGCUGCCGUCCUUGGGCUGUGAGGGUAGUUGGGGCAGGCAGGUCCCUGGAGAAACAGGAAGUCUAGAACUGAAUGGCAGUGUAGUACAGGAAGCUCAAAGGGAAACCGACCUCUAGUCAUGUUUACAGUAGUGGAGAUAGGACUUGAAGACAUCCAAGUAUCUUCAACCUGAUUUGGUUCUUACUAUUGCACAAACAAUAAAAUAAUUAACUUAAUUGUUUUUCUUCUAGCUUGCCUAGUAGAAAUUGACACUAAUACUUUGCCUAGUGUUAGACUUAGCUCUCUUGAAAAAUCUAAUCUCUAAGUAACAUGCAAAAAAAAGAAAAAUCAGUGGAAUAAGAUCAACAAGAUCAUACUUCUUCCCUCUCGCUUGUUCUAGCCUGCGCCCAUUGGCUGUAUAUUCAGAGCUGCAUUAUGACUCUAUUGAGCCUUAGACACUUUUGUCUUCUUGGACUUCGUCUUCUAUUAAAAAUUAAUACAUUAUA